AUGUCGAACGCAUCAAAUGAAAAAAUAUCAUGUCCUACUUUAAAAGAUCAAAAAGAUGAACAUGAAAAGCAAAAUAUAGUAUCACUUAAUUCUUCAUGCGAAGAAGAAAAAGAAAUAGAAGAACAUGCUCUUUAUGUUCCUCAAAAUUUAAUUUGCUUAAUUUGUUAUGAUGAUAUUGAUGAAAGUAAUUAUAUCGAAUAUAAAACUGAUGAGCAUAGUAAAUGGUAUCCUAGUAAGUUUUGCCUGAAUUGUACAGGUAUUUUAAUUGAUAGUCAAUAUGAGAAAUAUAUUAAUAGUGUGCAAAAAUCUGAAUGUUUAAAAGAACAAACAAGUUUAUUAAAAUUGGGACCACCAAUAAAUGUAAAAGAUAAAAAUGGAUAUCCAGAAUCAGAUGAUAAAGAAAUAUAUAGUCUCUGGUAUUUUUGUGAUAAAAAAAUUCAUUCAGCUAAAUUAAAGGGAAGUCUUAUGGGUGAAGAGAGAAUGAAAUUGUGGAAUGAAUUAAAAAAUUUUCUUAUAAAAGACGACAAAAAGGAAUUAUAA